UAAUGGAAGAAACUAAAAAUAAGAUCGAACAAAAAAGAGUCAACUGUAAAGAUAGGACCAGAAAAAGCCGUGACCGUAAGAAAAUGUAUAUCGAGGACCUUGAAAAUAAGGUAAAGACGCUUGAGAAGGAGAAUUUUAGGCUCCAUCACCUUCUUCUGUACUAUCGCAAAGAAUCUAUGAGGCAUGUUGACGAAGAGCCAGUCCACCUGGUUGAAGAUAUUGAUAAAUAUAGGCAAGAAGUUGAGAGUACUUUCAUUGAUAAUGAAACUGGAGGUUAUAACGAAAGAGCUAGAGUCAAAUGCUCUGAACAUUUCUCAAGAACUAGUAAAAGAAUCAUGGAGAGUCAUAAGAAAGUAAUGAACCUUGGAUUUGACCUUAUCAUUGAUCAUUUACAUCCAUUUGUAUCGUUCUUCUAUUGGAAAAAUUUUGAUCAAGGAUACAGCGCAAGUUAUGAAUUAAUUAAGAAAUAUGGUAAAAGAACUAAAUUUGAGAAACCUGAAUUUAUCAAGAACAAUAAUUUAACGGAGCUGGACUUGCUCAUAGCAUCUUUUGAUCCAAAUAAAAGGCAAUACGAUUUCCUCACAACCUGUAUGUUUCCGAAGGAAAGACAGAUUAAAUCGAAGUUUGAUGAUGCUUUGAGUCAUUUGAUCAAAUCAAAAGAAAUGAUUGCAGAAGCAAAUGCAGAGCUGCAUGCCUUUAGAACACUGUUUAUCAAAUCAGAAAUUAUCAGCGACAAACAAGUUUUUAGCUCAAACCUUAACUUUGAAUACAAAGGAGCAGCUGACCUUAAGCUCAAAAGUAUUUGGGAUAUCGAAGUGAUUCCAAAGGUGAUUAAUAUUAAUCUUGAAGAAGAUUUCCUUUACGGAAAAUAUGCCAAAAGACUACUUGAGAAGAGAGACAGAUUCUUGCAGUAUGAAUAUGAGAGUUACUCGGCUGACAAAGAUGUUAUUAAACUGAUUUAGGUAAGAUACGACCUGUUCAAUUA